GAGAAAUAUAUUACUAGCUAAAAGUCCCUGGAACACGUCCAGAACCAUCGGGAUAUUUUUCAUAUUUCGAUUUUGACGCAGUUCCAAAAUUCUAAAAAAAGAUGUUUCAAUCUUUUCUCGAAUGUAUAUACACCGUGGAUAAAAGCGCGGAAUGUUACCUGAAAUUUGAGAUGCAAUAUAUACCUAUCUUAUCUAUAACUGAUGUAUGGAAUGACCUGUGAUAAUUGCAAUGUGAAAUUAAUAGGUGAUAUUACAUUGGCCCAUUCAACAGACUCAACCGCGAAAAGGGAGCAGUCAUUUAAAAGCCUCAAACUUGAGCUGAAGUCUCUUAUCAGUUGCCAAAUUUUACAGUGAAUAUCACUUCAUUUAAACGUCAAAAAUGCCGGAACAGCUGCGCUACGAUGGUCGAGUGGUUGUAGUAACUGGAGCAGGCGCAGGAUUGGGACGAGCUUAUGCAUUAUUGUUUGCAUCCAGAGGAGCCAGUGUAGUUGUGAACGAUUUAGGAAGCAACAGACAUGGAGAUGGAAGUAGCACUGCAAGCGCGGAUGCUGUAGUUCAAGAGAUUCGGCAAAGUGGAGGGAAAGCUAUCGCAAAUUACGAUUCCGUGCUGGAUGGUGCAAAAAUUAUUAAGACGGCAAUCGAAACAUUCGGUCGCAUCGAUGUCGUUGUUAAUAACGCCGGUAUUCUGAGGGAUGUAUCAUUCAUGAAGAUGACGGAAGCACAAUGGGAUACGAUACACAAUGUCCAUCUUAAAGGUUCUAUGAAAACAACGCAAGCAGCGUGGCCGUAUUUUAUUAAACAGAAGUAUGGCCGUAUAAUUUUAACUUCGAGCAACAGCGGUCUGUACGGGAACUUUGGACAAACUAAUUACAGCUCGGCGAAAUUGGGUCUUGUAGGAUUAGCCAAUACAUUGGCCAUUGAAGGUGCAAAAAAGAAUAUUUACACUAAUGUAAUAGUGCCUACGGCUGGCUCACGUUUAACGGAAGAUUUGCUUCCACCAGAUUUUCAUGAUCAAUUGAAGCCUGAAUUGAUAGCACCGGUUGUUUUUUGGUUGUGCCACGAGAAUUGUAUAGAAAACGGUUCUAUAAUCGAAACAGCAUUAGGUUGGGCUGGCAAAUGUCACUUAGUUCGUUCUUCAGGAUGUGUCUUGCGGCAAAAUUUAUCAGCUAGUGUUACACCAGAAAAUGUACAAGAAAAUUGGUCCAAAGUAAUCGAUAUGACAUCGGCAAAGCGAUUCGAUUCGAUUCAGGAUGUAACAGGAGAAUUUUUUGGUCUUAUCGAAAACUUGAAAAAUGAAACUUCUUCAAAUAAAACAGAUCAUGUCCUGAGGAGUAAUUACAACUACCGUGAUGUUAUAUUAUACGCUCUCGGAGUCGGAGCUACAGUUCAGGAACCAAGCAAUAUCCGUUAUUUGUAUGAGAAUGCUGACGGAUUCGCCGUUUUGCCUACUUUUUACAUCUCCUACGCACCCAUGGGAUGCAUGUCCUCUUCUAUACUACAGGACGCUCUGCCAAAUACACAAAUUGAUCCAACACGAAUACUUCAUGGCGAGCAAUAUCUAGAAGUUUGUAAACAGUUGCCUACAGAAGCUACAGUAGAGACGCGCUUCAAGAUUCAGGAUAUCUUGGAUAAAGGAAAAGGUGCUGUUGUCAUAAUUCAACAUGACACUUACAAUGUAGCAAAUGAGGAGAAGCUAUCAACUGGACAGAUAUCGAUAUACAUCAUCGGAGCAGGUGGUUUUCAAGGAAAACGGACAUCGACUCAUGCCACUUCGACUGUUGAUCCUCCUGGUCGAAAACCGGAUGUAACAGUUAUACAGCAGACUAACGUUGACCAGGCUGCUUUGUACAGAUUGAACGGAGAUUAUAAUCCUCUACAUAUGGACGCUAAUGUGGCGGCGAUGGCAGGUUUCAAAAGACCAAUAUUACACGGAUUGUGUUCAUUGGGAUUCUCUACCCGUCAUGUUCUUCAAACUUAUGCUGCCGGAGAUCCAUAUUUAUUCAAAGCCAUUAAGGUGAGAUUUGCAAAGCCAGUUUUGCCAGGCCAGACUUUACGCACUGAUAUGUGGCGUAACGGUAACAGAAUACACUUCCAAACAUCUCUCGUCGAGACCAAUAUACCGGUUAUAACAGGCGCUUACAUUGAUCUGUUAGAUGUUAAAACGGAAAUACCUCGAGCAAAUCCAUGUUCUGGAAAAGAAAAUGUGCAGAGUGAUGCCAUAUUUACAACUAUCGGUGAACAAGUAAAAUUAAAUCCGGAUCAAGCUAAAAAGGUGAACGCAGUCUUUUUAUAUAAUAUUACUGUCGGCGGGAAACCAGUAUCCGAAUGGACUCUUGAUUUAAAAAAUGCAGAAGUGCAUAAAGGAAAACCUAAAUCUGGAAAAGCAGAUGCAACACUUACUGUAGAAGAUACAGAUAUGAUUGAAAUUGCAUUAGGUAAAUUAAAUCCACAAUUAGCAUUUAUGCGUGGAAAAUUAAAAAUAACUGGAAACAUUAUGCUUACACAAAAAUUGAAGACUCUUAUGGAAACUAACAAAGCAAAGCUGUGACUUUUCAUACUAUUACUAUAGUUUUAAACAAAAACAUGUAAAAUGUGGCUGGAGGUAUUCUGUAUGGGGUAGGGAUAUAUAAUUCUUGUAUAUUGUUAUUGUUUGUUAUAAUAUAAAAAACUUUUAUAAAGAA